GGCCACAAUGAGCGAGGCGGAGAAACAGGCGGUGUCCUUCGCCUGCCAGCGCUGUCUACAGCCCAUCGUCCUGGACGAGCAGCUUGAAAAGAUUAGUGUGCAUGCCAUGGCAGAAUUAUCUUGUAGGUAUUUAGUGCAGUACCAUGGAAAUCCCUCUAAUGAAUCAGCAUUUGCAGUACCCAUUUACGGAGACAAUGGAAAUACUUUAGACCCCCAGGACGCUAGCAGCUUCGAUCACUUUGUCCCGCCCUAUAGGCUCACAGACUCUAUCAAUGGCACGGGCUUUAUGUUGGUCUCCGAUGGCAGAGAUAACAAGAAGAUGAGUGCCGCCUUUAAGCUUAAAGCGGAGCUGUUCGAUUGUCUGUCAUCCAAUUCUGAGAUUGACCAUCCACUAUGUGAGGAGUGUGCCGAUUCCAUGCUGGAGAUCAUGGACCGGGAGCUGCGGAUCGCCGAGGACGAGUGGGAUGUAUACAAAGCCUAUCUGGAUGAACUGGAGCAGCAAAGAGAAGCGCCAAAUGUUGAUGCAUUGGAUAAAGAGCUGGACGAACUGAAGCGCAGCGAACAGCAGCUUUUAUCGGAGCUGACAGAGCUCAAAAAGGAGGAGCAAUCACUGAAUGAGGCUAUUGCCCAGGAGGAGAAGGAAAGGGAAGAGCUCCACGAGCAGGAGGAGAGCUACUGGCGGGAAUACACGAAGCACAGGCGCGAGUUAAUGCUCACAGAAGAUGACAAGCGGAGUCUGGAGAGCCAGAUUACCUACUCGAGGCAGCAAUUGGAUAAACUUCGGGACACUAAUAUAUUUAACAUUACCUUUCACAUCUGGCAUGCCGGACAUUUUGGUACCAUUAAUAACUUUAGGCUAGGUCGUUUACCCUCUGUAUCUGUAGACUGGUCUGAGAUCAACGCUGCAUGGGGACAGACUGUGCUCCUGCUCUCUGCUUUGGCUCGGAAGAUCGGACUUACCUUCGAACGGUAUCGCGUAGUCCCCUUCGGCAAUCACUCAUAUGUGGAGGUGCUCGGCGAGAAUAGAGAGCUACCGCUUUACGGUAGCGGUGGUUUUAAAUUUUUCUGGGACACCAAGUUUGAUGCUGCCAUGGUGGCUUUUCUCGAUUGCCUUACACAGUUCCAAAAGGAAGUGGAGAAGCGCGACACUGAGUUCCUGCUGCCGUACAAAAUGGAGAAGGGCAAGAUAAUCGACCCUUCCACGGGCAAUUCCUAUUCAAUCAAGAUCCAGUUUAAUUCGGAGGAGCAGUGGACCAAGGCCUUGAAGUUCAUGUUGACCAACCUGAAAUGGGGAUUAGCCUGGGUUUCCUCGCAGUUUGUGUCGCCGUGAUGUCAUUCUAAUGUUUAUUUAUAAAUUUACUUAAUAAUCCUCUUAGUCCUUAGUAUUAAAUCGAAAUCUUUUAAAUUUUAAA